GCCUUUCCGGCGGUAUCUAGCUGCACUUCCGGUCUCUGUGAGAAGUGACAUUGAAACGGGUGUGUGUGCGGACUGCGAGUUUGAGUAGGCAAAAUGGCCGACGAUAUCCGUACAAAGAUUGCGAAUUACAAGACCGCACCAUUUGAUGCCCGUUUUCCUAACCAGAACCAGACCAAACAUUGUUUCCAGAACUACCUGGAUUUCCAUCGAUGUGAGAAGUCUUUAAGCAGUAAAGGACAAGAUCCCUACCCAUGCCAGUGGUAUUUCCGUGUAUACAAGUCCAUGUGCCCCAACUCUUGGGUGGAGAAGUGGGACGACCAGAGAGAAGCGGGCACAUUCCCGUGCAAAAUCUGAAGGGGUCUACGUUGACCUUGUGAACUCGAUUCCUGUAAUCUUGGUCGGCACGCACGCAGGACCCGAUGCUUCAGUCGGGUUCGUCCAUUUAAAUUUGCUUCUGUUGUAAAUCGAUGGAGAGCAUCCAGUACAUAUUAUUUCUCUGUCAAUAAAAGAUCCGAAAACUAU